CGCAGUGUAGUGAAGCAUUAGAGACAACUCAAGGAGAAGUACAUCACUUCAGACGAAAACCUUUCUGCCAAAUCGUUUCAUCAUGAAGACGUUCCUAACAAUCGUCCUGUUGUGCCUGGGAAUUGCAAGCAACUGUGAAGCUGGCCGCCCAGUGUCAUAUCAAGUGGUGCAGAAAUUAAAGGAGGUUGAGCCUGUCUACAAGCAGCUUCAGGAUAGCGUGGUGAAUGCCGUUGCAUCAGCCAAGCUCAACACUGCAGCUCGGACUGAUGCAUUCUACCGAGCCGUGAUUGCCGACAAAGAGUCGUCCUUGACGCAAUCUGUACAAAUGGAGGAUCAGUUCAUCUUUCAGCUAGACAAUCAGGCUCCAUCGGUCGACGCCAGCUGCAUCGGGUUCCUUCGGACACUGGUUGAUAAUAACAUGAAUGUGGCUGGUGUGGGCUUCACGCAAUGCGUUAAGACAGUCGAGAAGAACCUGAAAGCGGAACUAGAUAAGAUCUACGAGCUGCUGCUUGUGGACGAGUCAGACGUCUUCGGUCUUAGUCUGCUGGAUGUAUUCGAUGGCGAGAACAUGAUUGCUGAUCCGGCCAAGAUCGUUGCCAAAUUGGAAGCUAAGGAGCAGGACAUCUCUCGCAUCUCGCUGUCCUUCAUAAGCGAGAUCAAUUCUGCUGUUGACACGUUCGCAUCCCGUUUGAACGACAUGACCGGAAGCUACAAAUCAUGUUUGCUGAUGAAUGAGUCCAUCUUGAAGGCGACUUACGACAAUUCCAAGACCCAGCUGACUGGAAUCUGUCUCGGCUCAAUUGUCUAA